UGUGCCAAAGUCAAGCAACCGUUGAAACUUGAAAGCGUGGAAAGAAUUUAGGAGCCACCGCAAUGUGGAAACAUAUACAUGUUUCAUCACCAAAAAAAAUAUGGCGUCAUUUAUGAUGUCAGGUAGUCAUCUCACUUUGUCUAUAUAUAGACAUAUCUACCAAAAAGCACUUCACCCUCAACACACUUUGAUAAUGCUCGAUAUGGAGAUUAAGUGUGACGCUUCUGCCGCUAUCGUCUCUGCUUCUCCAACGUCUUCUCCUCCUCUACCACAGCUUUCACCACGUUUGGUUCUUAGCCCAUGCGCCGCUUGCAAAAUCUUGAGGCGGCGUUGCGGAGAUAAAUGCGUUUUGGCGCCGUACUUCCCUCCAACGGAGCCAGCUAAGUUCACCAUCGCCCACCGUGUGUUUGGAGCCAGCAACAUCAUUAAGCUCUUACAGGAACUUCCCGAAUCACAGAGAACUGAUGCGGUAAACAGUAUGGUGUACGAAGCCGGAGCUAGAAUUAGAGACCCGAUCUAUGGAUGUGCGGGUGCCAUAUACAAUCUACAAAGACAAGUGAGUGAACUGCAAGCACAGCUAGCAAAAUCUCAAGUGGAGAUAGUGAGUAUGCAGUUACAAAGAUCAAAUCUACUAGAAUUGAUUCACAACAUGGACCAACCAAACCAAGAGCAACAUAAUAUGUCCUUCGACAGCUCCUUGGAAAGUGAUGAGUUCAUUAACAGCCCUGACGAAGAGAGCAUUGAUUUUGGAUUCCUUGAAGACAACAAGUACUCCAACACCAAGGCCUCAAUGCUGUGGUGUGAUCCUCUUUGGAUAUGAUAUUAACUAGUUAUGAUAUUAACUAUUCACUUCACUUUAAAGCCCUUCAGUUAAGUUACUCAGGGUUAGUUAGCAAACUUAGUAUAUACACAUGAUAUUAGAGACACACUCAAUGUAAUAAAUGUAUGUUGAAUUUAUUGGAAAUUUUAAUAUGUCAAAUGGUUCUACUAUUGAA